AUGUCAACAUUGAUAUUUACUUAUAAGACGGUUUUCCAAUCUAAACAGAAACACGAAAAAUGUAAAUAAGUCGGUUUUAAAAACUGUAAUCAUGACAAAAAAUCUGGGUGGAUGGAUCCACAGUUUUACUGUUACCGACACGCUCAUCCACAAACAGGGCUAUACCAUCUAUAAAAUAACAUCAGUUGUUUUUCCUCGUUCAGUCCCAGAAGCCCUCACUUGUAUAUCCGUAUGGAAGCGGUUCCAUGAUGUGAAACGCCUCUACCGGGAAAUAUCUCGUCGACAUAAAACAAUGCAUCUUAAUGGUUGUGUACCUGAGCCAACCGAUCACAGUUAUUUUAAACGAUUCGAUGCCAAAGUCAUCCAGAGUCGAAAAGAAUACAUCCUUGAUUUACUAGACUUUGUAGCCCAACAUCCGGCCCUUUAUAAGUCUCAUUCGUUUAUGCAUUUCUUCGAUGAUGGUCAUUCAGCUGAGAAUUCACCUUUUCACAAAGAUCCAUCGUCCAAGGGUAACAUUGAGGCAAUUUGUGACAAACUGGACAUACAGUACGACGAUAGUUUGAGUCUAGUUGAUCCUAAGAAAGAACAGACGUUCGCGCAGUCAUUUGAAAAUAAGCUUGUAAAGCCUCCCGAAGAAUCGAUGGCCAUGUUAGAAAAUGUUAAAGAUGAAACACCUCCCAAUGAACCUAAGGAGUCCGUGCGGGAUUUUUCGAAGAUCUUGACACCGAUGGUGUCGUUCGAGGGAGAGGAUAACGAUUAUAUAUACGAAGCAGCGUUGGAAUUCAGUCGAGCAGUUCAAGCUGAAGUAAACAUGGAAUAUGCUGACGCCUACAAAGGGUACAAGAAGGGCGUCGAUGUUCUUCUCUCAGGAGCAAAAGACGACUCCAAUGAAGAGCGAAAAAAUAUAGCAAAAACCAAAGUUAAUAAAUAUAUGUCCAGAGCUGAAGACAUUUUUGAAAAAUUCUUACAAAACCAAGAAGAUGAUAGCAAAAACAAUUUUCAACUCUCUAUUGAUGUGACUGAUUGCUGUGAUUCGAAACCCAGUUCACUGUACUUAGAACGUCCAUGGAAUCAUUUGGCCAAGUAUAAAGUUCUUCGGAUUAUUGACACCGUAAUGCUUGUGCAAAACGUUACCGACAAAACUGUAUUCAUUAUGAAGGGAAUAGAAAAACCCUCAAGUAAUUCGCCCGCCCAAACAGUAUUUCUACCCCAAGGUGUACCUUAUAUGGUCAGCUUGGUGGCAUUCUUUCAGUCCGAACAAAAGAUAUUUUUUCUACUGCAACAAGCUAAGGGUGGCAAGUUGUUUGACUACGUAAAGUCGUAUACACCCACUAGCGUGAAGACAGUUUCUCUUAGUGAGAUUUUUACCGAAGUCGAUCCGGAAAAAAAUAAAACAAAUUGUAUCUCAGCUGAAAAUCUGGCCAAGUCAAAUACCCAUGACUCAGGUUUUGCUGAGACACCUGACAUUCCAACUGCAUCGGAAAAUAUGGAUUUUAACGAUAUCGUGAUUUGUUCACAGAAACUUAUUGAAUCUGUUUCAAAUACUCUUAAAGAGGUGGAUAAUAAGAAAGAAGAGCAACUCACAGUUGAAGAUGUUAGUCCCUUGCCUCUGACUCCGUCCAGAUUUCCAAAGUCUCCGAAGAAAAAGAUGAGUCUACCGGAAGCAAGCGUCAAGCAGUGGGCAAGAGAAUUGAUUACAGCUGUUAACGCGUUGCAUUCCAAAGGUGUGAUAUUGGGAGACCUUCAUGGUGGUAACCUACUCUUGGGUUCAAAGGGGCAAUUACUUUUGACGUACUUCUAUCAAAACGAAGGGAUAUCUGACGGAUUACAAAAGGUUUGCAGUCCUAAGGCCUUGUCUGAACACUAUGUCGCUCCUGAAAGGCCAUUGACAACAAAAUCCGACUGGUGGAGCUGUGGGGUUGCAUUAUAUCAAUUGCUUUUGGGUGUGUCUUUCAAACAAUGUCACCCUGGCAGUAUGGAUCUCUAUAGUUCAAUACAAUAUCCACAUGUAGAAAUCUCUGAAGAAGCAGUUGAUUUGCUUGAGGGAUUAUUACAAAUAACGCCAGUAUUAAGAUUUGAUUUUGAUAAAAUAUGUGAGCAUUCAUUUUUCAAAGGAACUAACUGGGAAGAGUUGGCCCAUAUUGGUAUCAAUUCAAUUUGAAAUGUGUAUUUUUCUGACUGCUAAAAUUUAUCAUAAUUAUUAUAUAUAUUUAUACUUGUAUUAAUAAUAAAUAAAUAAUCAAGAAAGUGUGUAAAAUA